AUGUCUGCCCCGCGUCGCCGUUCGCGUACUCGCAAUCAGCGUACUCGCAUCCAAUUGGAUAAGCUGUUGCAGCGGCUGUUGCAGGAACAGAUAAGAGUCCCUCGGGACGAACAUCUCCUCCUCAAACAGUAUACUGAGAUCACGCACAUCACGCAGUACGAUUUCGAGCCGCUAUAUACGGGCGGUGACACAGUUCUCUCCCACACUGCCAUAAUGGGGCACCAACCCAAGGAUGGCCAGGAAAACAGGGUUCUGUAUGGAUCACUGAUUGCCUUGAUCUCUCCCAUGCGCAGUCAGACAUUCCAGCUCAAGGUGGACACCGCAGGGGAACAGAAAGCCCUAGAGGAUCUCGAAGACGAGGAUUGA